CUUAAAUUUGUUGCCAAGGCUAUUAAAAGAAAAUCACGUCGUUCAUCGAUUCUACUAGACCAAGAUCCAGUAACAUCAUUAUAUUCAAUUGAUGACCAAUCUUCUACCAUAGUUGAAGAACCUUUUUCAUGUUUGUCAACUUCUGUCUCCAAUGAUAGCAUUCAUAAUAUCAUACGAAAUGAGGCUUAUCCCUAUCAUCCGCUAAACAAUAACUAUCUUCGUUCAGCCCAUACUUAUUCACAUCCUCGGAGAGCUAAAGCACAUCAAAUGGCAAACGUUGGAUCAGUUGAUUCAUUCUUUCUUGACUCAACACAACCACCUUUAGAAGUGUUUGUAUUGCCGAUUAAUAAAUCUGGCGGUAAACUUUCACUCAUUUCAGAAUCCAUUGCAGAACAGGAACGAAAUAGACCGCAAUACAGUGCACGAAUCAAAGAAUGGUCAGAAGCGUUCAUGUGA